UGUAAACGUCACUAAAAGUGCCUGUAUCUAAUAACGACGUUCUAUUUAUUACAAAACAUUAUUAUGGUUUAAUUUGUACAACAAUUGAGUAUUGUUUGACAACACUAUUGUGAUAAGUUAUUGUGCUGUGCUAUUAUUAAAUUGUCUAAUGUUUUCUCAAUAUGAACUGGUUCGACACUUCGGGUUUGACGAGCUUAGCUAAAAAUGCACUAAAAGAGGCUCAAAAGACUAUUGAUAAAGCUUUGGACAUUCAGGAUGAUAGCGAAGAGGAGCAGGAGGGUGCGUCUUCGAGCCCUCCGUCGGCUAAAAGUUCCCCAGAGGCCGGAUCGAUCCCACAAAAAGAUAGCAAUGAUUUCUUUUCUUCGUGGGGGCUCACCGUCAGUGCAGAAGGUGAUACAGAUAGCCCAAUUAAAGAGCAGCCUGUAGUAACGGAGAGCCCAUCAAAAGCGAAUUCGCAAAGCCUUUGGGGCUCCUUUGCAGGAUCGUUUUUUGAGCAACCUAAAACUGAUGAUAAUACCAUUGUCCGCCCUCCUAAAGCGAAGUCAUUAAACGUUAUAUGUGAUAAAUACGACAGCCAAGAUGAUUUGUUUUCCAAGAGCCAGUUAGUAAUGUCUGAUGGGUCAGAAUCUUUGGAUCAAAAGAAAAAUACUAAAUCAGAAGAUAGACGUAAAUCAUCACUAAGCAAUGCUCUUUCAUUUGUAUCAAGUAGAAAUAGUUCAGAUUCAGUAGAAGUUUUGUCACAGAGCUUAAAAACAACACCCGAUUCCGAAGCAGCCUCUUAUCAAUCUGCCUCACAAAGUAGUAGUAUGGGCUUGAAACCUAAUUCUGAAUCUGUUGAAAUCUUACCUGAUAGUCUUAUCAGCCCGAGUUCUAUAGAAUGCCUCGGCUUUGAUAGUUACGCAAGUGAUAUAAACAGUAGUUCAUCUUCAAACUUAACUCCAACCGAAGGAUCUGAUAAGAAAUCAACUCCGAUCGGAGAGGGGACAGAAAAAGUAAGAACAGCGGAUAGUGUCAGCCUUGUAGCUGAUGAUGAUGAGGACACUAUGUCCUAUAAUUCCAUUUCUGAAUGCACUGCCCCUACAGUAUUGGAUACAGAUGAAAAACCAAUAAGUCCAUUUCCAAAAAUAGCGAGACUCGAUCAGAGGAAACCAGAAAGUAUCAUGUAUGUAGAGCAACCUGCCUCUCAGAGAAUGCAUAUCAGUGAGAAUUCGUCCAAUGAUGGAUCAUGGUCAGAUCGCACUUUGAAUGCUGAUAAUGAUAGUAUUACAUUAGAAAAUAUUAAUGAAGAAAAUAAAAAGGAAUGUGAAGAUAUGUCUAUGGAGAAAUUGAGUGAUUCAUCUUCCUUUUACAAUGUCAAUGUUACAGCUGAUAUGCUCAGAUCAGAAAGUUCUUUUGUGAACAUAGAGCGCCCAGUACACAGUCCUCCAGGAAGUAAUGAUUCUUCACAAAAAGACUGUAUAGUUAAAGAGAGAACUUCUCCUGUCAGUUCCGACAGUAAAAGUGACCUAGUUAAAAUAGGUUCAGAUCGUACAUCUGGCCAUACAUCAGGGGAUGAAAUCGAAACUACCACCUCAUCCGACAUUGAAAUCAUACCUAGCCCCAAUGGCGACAGUGGAAACGGCUGCAGAAAUAGCCCAGGGAAGUAUGGGUUCAAACAUAAAAUGGAUGGAACAACAUCACCCAACUUAGUUGAUUUAGUACUAGGAAAGAAUUUAGCUACAAAAAUUCGCGGCCACAACAGAGAGUUGUCCGAUGCUUCCAUUAAGAGUAAUAUGAGUGACGAAAGCCAAGGUUCAGAAAACGAAAGACUUAUGCGCCGUUUGAGUGAAAUGGCAGAAAUUUUAGAUGCCAGAGAGAAUAGACUGAUGGAAGUUAGUAGAAAUAAUGCUGAAUUAGCCGAAUGUAAUGCUCAUCUCAAGUGUCAAAUGGAGAGUCUUAUGGCGAAACACGAAACCAGUGAUAUUAACACAAUUACGGAGGAUUACACUCAACGAAUGUCUGCACUUGAAAAGAAGUUCCAACAAGCUAUCAGAGAAAAGGACCAGCUCAGAAAGCAAUUAGAUAACCUUAAACAAGAAAUAUCAAGAAAAAGUUCAACAAGUACAGAAACGCUUUUGAAAGAGAAAGACGACAUGAUCGCGCAGUUGCAAGAGGAGGGGGAAAAGUUGGCUCGACAAGAGUUGCAACAUUCCAACAUUAUCAAAAAGCUAAGAGCCAAGGAGAAGGAUAAUGAACAAGUUAUUAAAAGUUUACGAGAUAAAAUAGCAGAACAGUCCUCCGAGCUAGACCGUAUGAAGCGAUCCCUCGCCGCCAAGGAGGAGUUGGAAGUUAGUCAGAUAGAAGCUGUUUAUCGACUCACUAAUGCCAAUAAGAAAAUGGAAACUGAACUUAAUGAGACGAAAAGCGCGCUAGACGACACUACCCAAAAGCUAGAAAGCGCGCGUACGUCACUCGACGCGGCCAGGAAAGAGAUAACCGAACUACAACGCAACACAGCUGAGCUUAACAAGUAUAGAACAGGGAACACGCAGCUCGAGGCAGCUCGUGAGCGUGCUGAGCGGCAAGCGGAGAUGCUGCGCCAUGAGCUGAGGCAGCUUAGGGCGGAGCGGGCGAGGGAGGAGCAGCGCUGGGUGAGCCGCGAAGAAGCGCUACGGCGGGAAGUGAGCGAGGCGAGCUUGGCGCGCGCGGCGAGCGGCGCCGAGCGGGACGCGCCGCCCGCCGCGCUGCUGGCCCAGCUCGCCGCGCUGCAGGCCGCCGCGCUGCACCACGAGCGGGCCCGCACUGCCGCCGCGCAGCGACUGGCGGAAGUGGAGACGCAAGCGGCGAAGGCUGUGGAACGCGAGCGGCUCGCGCGCGAAGAGAGCCAAGCGCUGCAGGAGCGCUUGAGUAUCGCGGACAGCUUGCAGCGCGACGCGCAGGCCAAGCUCGACAGCGUCACGCGCCACUGGCAGGGCGCCGUGCAGCGGCUGCAGCUGCUGGAGGGGCAGAGGGACAGCAAAAUCAAAGAAUUUGAGGAACUGAAAAAUGCUACAGAGAAGCAAAUAGAAGAAUUGCAAAAGAGAAUAACUGAGCUUGAACACUUAUUAGAAGAGGAGCGAACUGCUCUGGAUACUGAGCGAAAGAGAAAUACUAUAUUGCAGGAGCAGUUAUCGACGCGAGGUGACGUCUCACCUUCGCAGUCUGUGCUCUCUGAUACCUUGUCCAACUCUUUAUGGAAUGACGAUACAAGCACAGUGUCGAACAUGGGCAUCGGCGGGGGGAUGUGGAUCCCGCAGAGCAUCGGCGUGGGGUCGGGGGGUAUUGGGGGUGUUGGGGGUGCGGGGGUCGCGGGGGUGAGUGCCGCGCUGCAGGCCGAGAGAGAUGCGUUAAGGCAGCACGUGGCCUCGCUCACACAGCAGUUGGAGCACUCGCAGAGCGUGCAGGAGCAGUACGACGCGCUGCUGCAGAUGUACGGCGAGAAGGAGGAGCAGCUGGAGGAGCUGCGGCUCGACCUGCACGACGUCACGCAGCUCUACAAGGCGCAGCUCGACGAGCUCGUCGCCUUGCGCCUAAGGGACGCGCGGUAGAGCUGCGGCUCGACCUGCACGACGUCACGCAGCUCUACAAGGCGCAGCUCGACGAGCUCGUCGCCUUGCGCCUAAGGGACGCGCGGUAGAGCUGCGGCUCGACCUGCACGACGUCACGCAGCUCUACAAGGCGCAGCUCGACGAGCUCGUCGCCUUGCGCCUAAGGGACGCGCGGUAGUGUGACAACCCUAGUAUAGCUCCUGGAACAGUAUGCGUGACAACCCUAACAACAAACCAGCGUGAUAAUACAACUCACAUGUGACAGCCCUAACACGUGAUUCCACACAACGAGCUCGUAUAAAACACCAUAAAAUAAAAUUUAAACGUUACAGCCUGCUUCGGUUCUGUAUAUAAUGGCAAUAAAAUAUAUGAAGUACUAAAUUUGAUUGGAAUUUUAUAUAAAAGUAGAUACGUGUCUGACGAAAUCGCAUUUUAAUGUAACAUUUCUUACAUGAAAAAUCCUGUAAGUUAAUUUUUAAAUACCAGAAUUGAAUUUUGAAUUAAACUUGCUUAGUGCAUGGCUAUAUAAAACAGCCUUCUUUGCUCUCGUGUUUUAUUUUUACAGAAAAUUUAAAAUAUUAAAAAUUACAUUUUUCAAUAAAUCCACCUUAAUUUUUACAAGCAAUUUUAGUAUAAAUUAUGAUGUAUCUUCACACAUCUUUGCACUUUAUAAUUUUUUACCUUUUCGCAUUUUAGAAUUAAUGGCAAGUGGCAACCCUAUUGUAAGGUCUGUUUGAAGGGAGUUGAAAUAAUAUAUUCAUACCAAAAGAUAUAAAAUACAACAAAAAGACCUACCUUAAAUACGAGUUACGCAUGCAUAUAAUUAUCAACUUUCAUCAAAAAAACUACAACUAGAUGAUAGUAACAUAAAUUUUCUUUCGACCAAAUACAUAUUCUAAAAGUAUCGAGCAUAGAGUAGGGAGUUUUAUCAAAACCGAUAGUCUGAUAUUAUUCUAAAAUAUUUGCCGUCAUUUGUAGUUCGCUAGCAGUUUUAGCUAAUUUUAUGUAGAUAAUAGACAGCGAGUAGUGUAAUUUUGUUCAUUGUUACAUCACAAAAACAUUUAUUUCGACUCGUAGUUCCUCAAGAUGCUUAUGUUUGAAAGACCCGGAGUUCAAAUAUAAUUUUAUAAACAGAAAAUAAAAAAGCAUAUAAUUUUAUAGUCAAUAAUAUUACCUUUCGAUAUAGUAUAAGUUCCUAUAUAAUUAUUUUAUUUUAAAAUUGGUGCAUUUUUAUAUAAUAAAAAAUAUUAUGUUGUGUGGUAAAAUUGUACUUUAUUUGAGAAUUUAUGGUCUAAGAUCCGAACAUAAGGCGAAAUUCAACGGCGUGAUAAUAGAAUGAGACCAAUUUUAUAAUUAAUUUGGUCUAUUAAAAAAUGUAUUAAAAAUGGGU